GCCUACUCCACACUCAGCAGCAGCUUACAGCAGAAAUGACCUAUAAUGUGACAAAGAGCUUGUGUUUUGAAAUGACAGCAUUGCUAAGCACCACAAAGUGAAGUGUGUUUACUAUCUAGUAAAUGUUUCGCUUGAGCCUCUUUUGGGGUUUGGACAAAUUCACCUGCUACAUGAUUGUUAACCUUGAGAGAGAGUUUGUUCUGCCACCAAGACAGUUUGAAAAUGUUAUUACUUUUCCAUGGUUUUUGCAGUAACUUCUGAUUUUGUAUUAAACACAAGCUACACAGAAUCAAGUUGUGUAUCUGCUUGAUACUUGUGCAGUUUCCUGGGGAGUUUCCUGAGCGCCACAAGACACUAAACAACACCGGAAGUAAUAGCUGCCACGCUACUGACUGCAGUUUUAUUGCUGAACUGUUUCAUUCUCCAUAGCAAGUGAUUAUAUUGGAGCUUAUUUAGGGCAGGGGUAUGGGUAUGGCUGCAGGCUUGCAUUCCAACCAAGCAAGUGUCACACCUGGUUUCACUUGUUUAAUCAGUCCAUAGCCUCUAAACAACCAUCAAAUGUGUCUCCAGUUAGGCUGUAAUGACAGCCUGCAGGCACGCUGACACUUUGCUGAUAAGAUUGAAGACCCCUGGUUUAGGGAAACUCUGGGUUAAAGGAAUAGCAUUGUUGGUAGUGAGGUUGCAUAUCCUUGUCUGAUAUCUCAUGUAGCCAGACCAUCAGGGAUCAAACCUACUUUGAGCCCUUUUACACAGUCAUGCAAGGAGGACUGAACACUGCUGAAUCAAUUCUUAAUCCCAUCCCUUUCUGUCUAGUGACUAGGAUGUGACCACAUGUUUUUUUUAUUUUUUAUUUUGCGACAUGGUAAGUUUGCUUGCGUCCCGUCCAGGGUGUAUCCCUGCCUCCCGCACUGUGUUCCUGGGAUACACUCCGUGACCGUGACCCUGACCAGGAUUAGUGGCUACUGAAAGUGAGUGAGAACACAGCAAGUGAUUGUGACAGGUAAACAGAACCAGGGCCUAGUUUUUUUUCUGUCUAUGAGGAUUCCCAUGUUGGAACCUUCUGACAUGUUUUGAGAACUCAAAUCCAAACAACAAUGAAAUGAUUAAUAAUGUAAUAAACACAGUCUAAAAUUUGAUCCUAUUUUAUUUAGAUCCUAUCUGAGUGUAGACAAACGUAACAUUCCUUUACAAUGUUUGAAAAAAAUGUGAGAUGAGGUUAGUUUUAGGUUUCCCUUAGACAGCGUUUUAUUUUGACAGGUAGUGGUGGGAGGUUUAUCAGCAGAGAAUUUCCAGUACUGUUUCGACUGUAAAGUGGUGUGUUUACGGCUAUGGGGAAAGCAGUGACCUUUUUUCCUUGUUAUUACUUGUCUAUCUUCUGUGGCAAGGGUGUACUAGCCCAUUCACCCAGGACGAGUAGGUCAUUGAGGUUACGCUUUUUAGUCAGAAUGUGUUUAGUUUAGUGACAAUGCUGUAUCACCUAGUAUGAAAGCAAAACCGCGGUAUUAUCAGAAAUGGUUACAGCUCGGCAUGUUUUCAUCUAUAUACCUACAGCAGCAUUGAGUCUUGGCUUUAGUCUUUUAUUAAACAACAACAACAACAAAAAAAAGCCAUGGGCAUUUGGGUUCAUUCACACAGCCCUCUGCAGUCAGCAUCCUAAGAGGAACAUAGUCUCACGUAAGUCAUAUGAUUUACGAUCAGAGCAGCUCUGGUUUAUGUGUUAUUACAUAAAGUAGUCACACUUGAUAUGUAACAGUGACAUCAUUACUAUUCAGACCUGGAACAUCCUGAGUUGUGUGUGAGUCCUGAGAACAUGUCAUGCUUGUCUUGUCAUAUGAGAGUCUGUCUAUAUCGUGAUGAGAGUCUGAGCUUGACCUGGCAUUAGAAACUAUGUCAGUAGUGGUUGUGGUAUGGCCCUGCAGGUCUGGUGCCGGAUCAGAUAGGGCUUUGAGGUGAAAACUCAAGCACAAGCAGCUGACUGAGUAAACAUUAUGUGGGUUACCAUCACAGCAGCACUUUUCUUCCUGUCCUUUGUCUCAGUCACACAACUCAGUUAUCACCUGGCUGUCCAUUCUGGUGCUGUGACAGGUUUCAGACUGCUGUUUUUAAUUAGUCAUUAUCUCUGACAGCAUGUGUCAGUAUUCCUAAAACAGUUGUGUGUGAUCUUACCCUGAAAUUCAAAUUUGUAUUUGUUUAUUGUGGCUCUAAAGUUAGUCAUAGUUUCUUUCUCAUCAUCAAAUGUACUUUCUGUUUUAAAGGGAAUUGAUAUAACAGACAGAGUUGCUGUCAUAAACAUGAAUGCAAUUCACUCUGAUUCCUGUCUGCUGGGUAAUAAACGAAUGGACGUAUGAAAAGUCGAUGAAUCACUAAAUGAAUCAAGUAAACUUGUAGUUCUGGUUAUCCCCGAAAUUGGGGGAAAAAAAAGGAUAUUCACAUUUAAAGAUUACUGGUUAAACAUGUCCUGUCUAAUGCUACAUUUAUAACCUAAGAAGUUGGUGGUUCAGUGAUUAAAGAUUUGGACUAGAACAGAAGGCUGUGACAGAAGACUUGAUUACUUGAUUGACAGAAGACACUCAGUGUGUGAGGACAUCACACUUAGCUAGCAGGGUUUUAGACAUCCUUGAGCAGACUGACUAUUUUAUCUACCACGUUUGGUAAACUGGCUCCAUAGCCAGUGUGAGAUUUGCAGGCAGACAGCCAAGGUGAGAUUAAAAGGUAGCCUAAAUAAAACCUUUCCACAUCUUUUGGAAAGUAUGCUUAUUGUAAUGUCAGAUGUCUAGAUGUCAGAGUAUAUUAUAGGCAGAAAAACUCAAUUUUAAUCAAAACCUUAUGACUAAUUUCCACCAUUCAGCCAUAGCAACAUUCAACUUCGACUUGUAACCCGAAGGUGAACCUGAAGGUCGUGGGUUUGAGUCUCAGGUCCGGCAGGGAUUGCACCGGGUGCGUGUUCACGGUGUGUGUGUGCACUUGGAUGGGUUAAAUGCAGAGUACAAAUUCCGAGUAUGGGUCACCAUACUUGGCCACAUGUCACUUCAUUUCAACUCACUGAACAAUCUGAAUGAAACAUGUCCAGAUUAAGAGUACCCUAGCUCAUUGCUGAUCAGGACUGUUGAAAUAAAAGCUUGUUGCCAGAUCCUGGCUGCAAAUCUUGCAUUUUCCCUGUGAUUAGCUGUGUAGGGCUCCGCUGGGCCCUUUAACACCAUUCCAUAAGAUAGUCCACUCGUACAUGCUAGAUAAGUGUGUGUGAACAACGCCCCGUUUUACUGUCAUAAAGUGUUUCCACCUGAAUGCCAGGGCCAGUGUGAGUAAUGUUCAGCUGAAAGAAAAGAGCUCAAAUGGAGUCUGUCUGGCAAAAGAAUAUUAAAACCGACCCAGAAGAGCUGUUCACUAAGCUGGAGAAGAUCGGGAAAGGCUCAUUUGGAGAGGUGUUUAAAGGAAUAGACAAUCGUACACAGAAGGUCGUGGCCAUUAAGAUCAUUGAUCUGGAGGAAGCAGAAGACGAGAUCGAGGACAUUCAGCAGGAGAUCACAGUGCUGAGCCAAUGUGACAGCCCCUUCGUUACAAAGUAUUAUGGGUCAUAUCUGAAGGGAACAAAGUUAUGGAUCAUAAUGGAGUAUUUAGGAGGAGGAUCAGCAUUAGAUUUGCUGGAGCCAGGGCCACUGGACGAGUACCAGAUUGCUACUAUACUGAGAGAAAUUCUCAAGGGGCUCGAGUACUUGCAUUCAGAAAAGAAAAUUCACAGAGACAUUAAAGCUGCUAAUGUGCUGCUGUCAGAGCAGGGUGAUGUGAAGCUGGCUGAUUUCGGCGUGGCAGGCCAGCUUACAGACACUCAGAUCAAGAGGAACACGUUUGUGGGCACUCCAUUCUGGAUGGCACCCGAGGUCAUAAAACAGUCAGCCUACGAUUCAAAGGCAGAUAUCUGGUCGUUGGGUAUAACUGCGAUAGAGUUGGCCAAGGGAGAGCCUCCCCACUCUGAACUGCACCCCAUGAAGGUUUUAUUCCUCAUCCCAAAGAACAACCCGCCAACUCUGGAAGGAAACUACAGCAAACCGCUGAAAGAGUUUGUAGAAGCCUGUCUCAACAAGGAUCCAGGCUUUAGACCUACAGCCAAAGAGCUGCUGAAACAUAAGCUUAUUGUACGUUACGCUAAAAAGACCUCGUACCUCACAGAGCUCAUUGACAGGUACAAGAGGUGGAAGUCUGAGCAGAGUCGAGACGAUUCCAGCUCCGACGAAUCUGACUCUGAACAGGAUGGACAGGCCUCAGGUGGGAACGACUCGGGAAACGAUGAGUGGAUCUUUACCAUCAGAGAAAAAGACCCCAAAAAAAUCCAAAAUGGAAUCAUGCAACCGUCUGCGCUGGACCACAGCGAGGUACAGAGCAGUGCACAAAGGCCUUUGUCCCAGAGCUUGUCAACUAUUAUAUCUCCGUUGUUUGCAGAACUGAAGCAGAAGGGUGAGGCGAGUAAUGGAAAGCCAGAGGCAGUGGAGGAGCUGAGGGAGGCCAUAUUCCUGGCAGAAGAGGCAUGCCCAGGCAUCUCGGACUCCAUGGUCACAGAGCUAGUGCAGAGACUGCAGAGGUUUGCGGUACCCCGGGCCUCAUCUCACUGACUGCUUGCUGUGGAUUCUCCUCUCUCUGCCUCCUAGUGCAGCCUCUCUCUCUCACACACACACUCACUCAGCCUGUACCUAGCACACUUUUUUUAUGUUUUAUUUUUUGUUAUUUUUUAUUUUUUGGGUUUACAUAUCAGGUGAAUGGGUAGUGUUGUAGAGGCCUGGCUGGGCUCAGACUCAGACUCAGACACACCCCUUCUGAGAGCAGUGCACCUUAUUCAGCACACACAGGGGCAGAGCAGCAGGUGGUUGCACCAGCCAUGUGCAGGUUCUUUCCAAACUGCAUGUGUAAAGCAAUUUGCGUCUUAAUGACACAAUUUUAUUCUUAACCGUCUAGCGAGUGAAGAUUCAGUUGCAACAUGAAAACGAAAUCAUUUGUCAUGUUGUCAAUUACACUGAUUCAUUAAUCCCUUUCACCCUCUAGCUAAAAGAGAUGGCUAGUUAACAUUUCAGUAGAGAACGUAAGUCAGAACUUAGUUGAAAUGCAAGGAGUAGUUGUUAUAUGGUAGGUGUACAUGAGUAUUUUAUUAUUAUUAUUUUUUUUAUUGGUAUUUUUUGUUCAGUAGUUAUCAGCUGGUCAGUUUUAGGCAAUACCCUGUUUUACACUUGUCCCUUCACUAGUGUAAGUCUUACACUAUGGUGCAUGUAAUACAAGCUCUGUAAAGUAGGCAGUCAGUUUCGUUAGAACUUGGAUAGUUGGUGCGAACCAGUCAUUGAAUGUGCAGUAUUUGAGAUAUUUUGUUUGUGUGUGUGUGUGUGUGUGUGUGUGUGUGUGUGUGUGUGUGUGUGUGUGUGUGUGUGUGUGUAUAUAUGAAUGAGUGUAUGAGUGAAUCAGUGCUGUAUGGUCCCAGCAGUGAAGUUGUGAUGAUCCUUUUUCUUUUUUUUUUUCCCCCCCCUUUUUUCCCUUUUUUUUUUUUUUUUUUUUUUUUUUUUUUUUAAACUCAGGUAUCCUGCUCUCAGUAACGAGUCUUCUGAGAGGCAGACUGAGCAUGCUCAGCUGGGUGUGUAAAUGUGUGUGAUGUACAUAGGCUUACAAACAUGUUAUGGAGGUACGCUAAUGAAAACACUGUGUUAAAAAUGGCCAACUGCUCCUGUAGAUACUGUUCAUGAAGGUAUAUAUGUACACUGGCCAUCACUGAGAUUGCCUUGUCUUUUAGUUUGCAAUUUUUUUUUUUUUUUUUUUUAAAUCAUUUGAUUAAAUUUUUUCAUGGAUUGAACUGAACGCUGCCAUUGGACCCAUUAUCACACACCUUUGUUCUUCUCUACCUUCACAGUGCCAUUCAUACUCUCCUAUUGUUUCCAUCUACCCUCUUCUUGAGUCCAACACUUAGAAAAUAUAUUUAUAAAAGUUCCAAGCCCAUUUUUUUCUGAUCAUUUCAGUCAUGGAAAAAUAAUGCUGUAUGCUAUGAUUUUUUUUUUUCUUUAAAAGCUCCAGACUAUUUCACCAAACUCUAGUCCUUUUGAUUUGCUGUAAACUUGUCGUAUGCCGCUAAAUCCUCACGUCUUCCUGGAAAUUGAAACGGUACACGGUGUACCAACAGCUUGAAUUGCACUUAGAUAACUGCCUUCUUAUGAUACAUGAAUUAGCCAUAAGACAUAAGCAUGAGACUUGUACAGUGCAUUUCACAUCAUACAUAUAGGACUGCUGUGAGUGUGAGCACCAUCUAUGACGUCCAUGAAGUCUAGUGUGUUAAUACACAACUCACUGGUGCAUUUUAAAUCUGUUCGUUGCUCACGUACAUGUAGUGUCUGUAGUGAAAAGCUAGCAUUAUCAAAUGUGUUGUGGUAGAACUGCACUUGAGCUAACCCUCAGUCUUGUUUUAACCUGUAACUGGGCAAUGAGGCAUUUAUUCACCAGUUUUUAAAUGUUAAUCCAGUGAUUAAAGCAGUAGCUUAAACAUAGCAUGGGAGCGCAAAGCAAUUCUAGAUAAAUCUCUUUUCUAAUUGUUUGGGGACAUGGAUGCUAUCACAAGCAUGAUGCAUAUGCAUGUGUGUAGCAAGUGUUUAAAAUCCUGAAAUUCAGCUGUUUAAAUUGAUUUUAAAAAGGCUUUAUGCUAACAUUACUAAAAUUUGAAUUUUAGUGCUUUUAAAUUGCACAUGUUGUGUUCUAAAUACAGUUUGGGAAAUGUAAAGCUGUUCUUCAAGUCUGGAAAUUCAAACAAUUUAAUCACAGUAGAGCGUUUCUAAUACCCAGCUGUAAUGUCUGUUUGAGUAAGACUGGGAUUUAGAAGAGAUGCAGAACAAGACAAUGACACUGACCAUGAAACCACUAAACGCAUGUUCAGAGAGUAGUUCAGAGAGGAGUGAUGUUUGUUUCAUGUACUCGGGUGGAAAGUAACUUUUGCUUAGUUAUCCUCUUAGUUAUAAUAAAAUUAUAAUAUGCUUAUAAUACGUCAUAAAGGUUUACCGAUGUAGAGUUGAAUUUAAACUCAAGUUUAAUCUCAAAACUAGUUUGGAAUUAUACAUUUAAAAAUAAAGAACAGAACUCAUUGUUACAUUCUUUAAAUAUGACUGGUUAAUGAUGAGGCUAUUAACAUGCUUGAAGAAACAAUUGCUGAAAGACUAAAAGAAACUGCAUUUUCUGCAAGUGAAGCUGUUCAAAUCAUUGCUGGUUUAAUGUUUAAGUUGUUCUGUCUCCAAAACCCAUAGAUGGCAUUUUAAUAGAGGCAGAAAUCUGCACUCACAUUCAAACUCUGUCCUGUUGAUCAGCCUGUCUGUUUACCACAAAGUGCUUCCCUUUUUUUUUCUUACUAUUGAUAUUUGCACCUUUUCCAUUUAGAGUCUGAAUGUGUCCCUGUGUGUAAGCUGUAAUUUUAAUGAGAUCACGGUUUGUCUUGUUUAUCUUUGCGACUGAACUUUCUUGAGUAUGGCAAUAAAUUAGGCUGUCAGGUUUCUCAGCACAGAUAUAUUCUAUGGAACAAAAUUCAAUAUUUUUAUAAGUGUAAAGUGCAGUAUUAUCUCUCGAAUGAAUUACACCAUAUGCUAUCUAACUGAUUUUCAAACAAUGUAAUUUUCUGUAACAUUGCUGAGUGUAUAGUCUUGUACAUAAUUCUUGCUUUUGUCAUCAAAUACCAAGGUACUGAAUUCCUUGCAAGCUUUCAAGUGAUUUUAAGAAAAAUAAAACAAUGAUAGUUUGA